AUGGUCGUUCAAGGGAGCUCAUCACGAGCAUAUGACAAGGGCAAGAGACCCUUUCGAAAGGAAUUUUCCCCACUGCCACGACCAUUGUCAAAGCUGUUGCCUAUGCUUCUCGAAAAGAGGAUGGUUGCGAAGGAAGUACCUAGGGACAACCCCACGAGGUUCGCCGGGUUUGAUGUGACCAAGACCUGCGAGUACCACAUGGGAGAAAGGGGGCAUGAUGUAGAUAGUUGCAAUGUGCUAAGGUACAAAGUCCAACAGUUAUUGGACAAAAACAUUUUGACGUUCAAGGAAGCUCAACCUAAUGUGCAACAGAACCCCUUACCAGACCAUGCGGAGGGAGUGAACUCAAUCUUUGAGGAGACACGAGCAAGUCAACAGCCUCUAGUUGCGAAUGCUUCCAAGUUGUAUGAGUCCUUAGUGUUGGCAGGAUACUAUGGGGGUCAUCAGGAUGUCACCCCAGAAGAGAAAAUGAACCGCGUCCGCAGGAUGGUAGCCAUGGGGGUAAUUCGAUGUGGAGAAGAGGAAGAGAAUGUCGUAUCCAUGAUAAUCCCGUCAUCAUUCCACUCAUCUUUUUGCAACAUUGCUCGUAUAUCUCGAGCGAAGAAGAUUAUGCCUGGAAUUUCGAAGACCCCGGCUUUGUACGAGGAAGGGAUGAUAGCUAUGAUAACUCCGAUGGUGAUUGAACUAUCGGAUGAGGAGACUGCCGGCGAUAUCGAGAUGGAAAUCGCUGAACCCACAGUGAUUGACCUUAUGGUUGAGGAAAUGUCGGCAAUUGAAGUCACGGGAGGGAACGUAACGCCGGUCACAAUUGAAUUGCCACCGCGGGAGGAAGAUGGAGUAAUAGUGUUGGAGAGUCCUCCUAAAUUCGAUCCCAAAGCUGUACCUUGGGAUUAUCAAACAAAUGAGGUAGAUGCUAUCACACGAUCGAGCCGCUGUUAUGCACCCGAUAAAGGAAUAGAAAAGAAGGUCGUGACUGAGGAGGAAGCGAAGCAAUUCUUGGCCAUAGUAAAAUCUAGCGAGUUCAAUGUGGUAGAUCAACUGCGGAAGUUGCCAGCCCAAAUCUUCCUCCUAGAGUUGUUGAAAUUCUCCGAGAAGCACAGGGACAUCUUGCUGAAGGUCCUCAAUGAGCAUGAGAGCACUCUUGUUUGUAGAGUGUUGAUCGAUAAUGGUUCGGCACUUAAUAUAUGCCCGUUGGCUACCCUCCAUCGUCUGGGCAUUGAUCUUGGGAGAAUCCGUACUGGCAAGUUAACUGUGCGGGCCUUUGACGGGAUGAAGAAGGAAGUGAUAGGGGAAAUUGAGCUUGAGUUGUUGAUUGGCCCCGUACGAUUUGUGGUGGAUAAUAGGCUUAUCACGGUCCAUGGAGAAUCUGACUUCAAGAUCUACCACGAGACAACCAUCCCAUAUGUGGAGCCUGAGUGUACCGAGGAAUCCAGCUUUCAAACCUUUGAGCUGGUAUCCAUGGUCCACGUGCCUGCAGGGUCUUUCACAAAGGUUCCUGAAUUGUCUAAGCCGGCCAUAGCUGCGGGAAAGAUUAUGCUAGCAAGCGGGUAUAAUCCUGGAGAGGGCCUUGGAUCACACGGUCAAGGUGUGCGAAAACCCAUCGAAGCUCGUAAAAACUUCAAAAGAAGAGGCUUGGGAUAUGUCGAGAAGUGGGGAGGCCAUAACAACCAAGGAGGUCGUGGAAGGAAUGGAGGCCGAGGUGCCCGAGGAGGCCGAGACAGGUAUAGAGACCAAAGUGAACGUGUUGCCCAUAUUGAAGAGGACGAGCGCUAUCAAAGCCUGUUUUCCCCGUUGCUGGAGGAGACGUUUCCAGGACCCCCAAGGAUGUUGUUCGAGGAAGAGGAGGAUAUCUAUGGUGUGACCGAGCUAUUUAAGGAGGACGUCAUAUGCACCAUCCUGGCGUGCGAGGAAGCCGAGUCCUCUGAAGUCAUGGCUGUCCCUCCAAAGUAG